AUGGCUGCAGAUAACCCGACAGGCGGCCCCGGCAUUGUUACAGAGUCAACACCUCUUCUCAGGGACCAACCAACCCCGUUUUCCCGCACGCCCAAGGAUGGGCGUUCCGUGACAGCUUCCACCUACGAUGGUGACCUUCUCCCAUACAACAGCUAUUCCACAAUUGAUUGGCUCCAGGGCUUGAUCAAGGACAGCGCGCGACGCAGCCAGGUCGAGUCACCGCCUCGCCACAGCAUCCGGAUGCGUGUGGCUACCUGGUGGGACUUGACACAGGGCUGGGUGGCAGCCUUUGCCGUUGGCAUCCUGACUGCCGGUGUUGCCUUUGCCGUGGACGUGAGCGUUGAGACGGUGGCAGACUGGAAGGAAGGGUACUGUGCAAGGAGCAUCUGGCUGAACCGCAGGGCAUGCUGCUCGGUGGCCGAGUUUGAUGGUUCCUGUUCCCAGUGGACGCCUUGGGCGCAAGGCUUUAGCUCCAGAUACGCUAUCUAUGUCGGAUUUGCCCUGCUAUUUGGCCUCAUUUCCGUCAGCUUGACAAUGACGACCAAGGCGUCCAUGCCAGCCGCGAACUCGAACAACAGCAUAGGUCAGGGUCAGCCCCAGAAAGGUGACAAGGUUGCCACGGGCAAGAUCCUGUACUUGGCGUCUGGUAGUGGAAUACCGGAGAUCAAGACUAUCCUCUCUGGCUUUGAAAUCCCGCACUUACUGGAUCUCAAAGUCCUGGUGGUCAAGGCUGUCGGAGCCGUCUUUGCCGUGGCCACGGGUAUGUGCUUGGGCAAGGAAGGCCCGUUUGUCCACAUCUCGACCUGCGUCGGAUACCUCGUCGGAUCACUCGUCCCCAAGUACGCGGCAAAUGAGCGAAAGAUGAGAGAGAUGCUCGCCGUUGCCUGUUCUGCAGGUCUGUCCGUCGCCUUCGGCGCGCCGAUUGGCGGUGUGCUCUUCAGCUACGAGGAAAUUAGCACCUAUUUCCCACGCCGGGUCCUCUGGCGGUCAUAUCUCUGCUCCCUUGUCGCCGCGGCAGCCCUGAAGGAGCUGGACCCGGCUGGGACUGGCCAGCUCGUUCUCUUUGAGACCAACUACGGCGUCGACUAUGACGUCACUCACUAUGUGAUAUUCAUCUUCCUCGGCAUCUGCGGCGGUGUGUUUGGUGGCGUGUUCUGCCAGGCGAACUUCGCGUGGUCCAAGUCGUUUCGUCAGCUCCGAUUGAUCAAGAGAAGCCCGGUCUUGGAGGUGUUCUUGGUGGUCUUGCUCACGGCCCUACUCCAGUACCCCAACCAAAUGAUCCGAGAUACUGGUGAUAUCGUUAUGCAGCGUCUGCUCGUAGACUGCAAUGUCGUGAGUGAAAACUGGAUCUGCCAGCAAGAGGCUCUUGAUGAGAAAGGCGGAUACUACGCCUGGUUGAUCUCGGGGACAUUCAUUAAGCUCAUCUUGACCACCAUCACGUUUGGUUGCAAGGUGCCAUCAGGCAUUAUUAUCCCAGCCCUGGACGGAGGUGCAUUAUUUGGACGCAUGGUGGGUCAACUGAUACCAGACAUCUCGCCGGGCAUCUUCGCCAUGGUCGGGUCGGCUGCCUUCCUUGCCGGGGUCAGCAGGAUGACAGUCAGCUUGGCAGUCAUCAUGUUUGAGCUGACGGGUGAGGUCAAAUUCAUUCCACCGUUCAUGAUCGCCAUCCUGACGGCGAAAUGGGUCGCCGAUCGCAUUUGCGCGGAUGGCGUGUACGACCUGGCCCAGCACUUGCAGGGCCAUCCUUUCCUGGACUCAGAGAGAGCCCUUGCCAAAGUUAGGGAGCUUAGGACCACCGGAGAGACUGCCCUAGUCGAAGCCCUCGUCCCCCCACCCGAGACGAUGGAGGCAAUAACCGUGUUUACUGGCCCCAACUACCGUGUCGCACCAUCCAUUCUCCGAGCUAAGCUGGAGGGCCUCAGAGCCCGAGGUUUGAUAGAUGCCGGCCUCGUGUUUGUGAACGAUCAAGGCUUAUGCCACGGUUACAUUACACAGGCUGAGCUUGGGGAUGCGCUGGAUGCUGUUGCCAGGCUGGAUGAUGAUGGUGACAUCAACCUUCUGGAUGGCAUCUUCUCUGGGCUCAUUAAUCGGAGUCCAGUAUCCGUGUCAGCAAAGGCACCUCUGGAGUAUGCUGUAGAAAUGUUUGACAAGUUAGGGCUCAGGUACCUAAUUGUUGUCGAGGAGGAGACAGCCCGUGUGGCGGGUGUGGUGGUCAAGAAACGUCUCUUAAAGUUAUUAGAUGAGUAA